CUAGGUAAUUCAUACAGAUUUUCAUGAUUGACCUCUUAUUGUCAUUAGCUAUUGUUCCACUAGCUGUUAUACCAUUAGCUAUUGUUUCUGUCAUCACCAAAGUUGUCUGAAUUACACUUUCUUUCAAACCACAUAACUCCUUAUAAAUCUACAGAACAACAGAAGGUUACCAACAAAGAAAUCCCUUUGAUGCUUAGCUACAAAUGCUUAUUGAAUUUAACAAUUUCCCAUUUGUGGGCUGUUGAGAUUUUCCUCAUCUCCCCUUUGAAAUUGUCAUUGAUCAGAAUUAUGAGCAAGAUGGAGCCAGAUGUCUUACAGAAGUCCUCUAUGUCACCACAAUUACUUUGUCAGCCCAAAUAAUGACCCCAUUUAAAGAGGCUGUGGAGGCUGGGAACAGCCUAUUUUCUCUAGAAGUGGCUACAGCACUGCUAUUUAUAUACUGGUCUGAUAUUUUCUGAUACAUUAAUGACUGCAGAGACCUCACAGGCCAAUAGUUUCUUGGUAUUCCUGGAUAGCUAGUUAUAACUUUCGUGUUCUCACUCGGUUUCAUUUUCUAAAAUAGCUCUUCUUUUCCAACAGUCACAUUAUUUUUUAUUUUUGGAACAGUCAGUACUAGGCUGGUAAUGUUCUGAUGUCUAGGGAUACUUGAAUGCAUGUCUGCUUAGUACCAAUAAUUGCUUAUUCUGUUAAAAAACCCUACAAUAGUUCAUAUUAAAUUUACUUCAAAAUGCAGCCCCAUAUACAGCUUAACUUAAUCUUUAAAAUAGGAACAGAUAUGGUAUGGCAUUCUAUUUUUUCCACCCCUCACUGAUUUCUAUGUAAUUUCCUCACAGUAUGUAUGUGGCUUCUAGAUGCAAGAUACAGGAUAUGUAUUUUUUCCUUUGCAUUUAGGGACAGAUUUACUUAUCUGUGCAGGAUGUGUGUGGUUGCAAGAGGUGGCAAAAUAAAGAAAAGAGCGCCUUGCACCACAGCGGAAGAGGAUAAAGCUUAUAAUCACAUUAAAUUUCUCGUGGCCUUAGGAAGCAGAAGAGGGAGAGGCUACGGAAGCUGUCACUCUAUUGCUGUUCCUUCUUCCUUCUCCUUCCCAGCAGAAUUAAUUUGAUCUGAGCUGCUCUGUUAGGUGUUGUCAUAAGGAUUUAUUACACAGUGCUUGGACUGACCUGUAAAGUUUUCUCUUUUGCAAAGAUAAAGUUUACUUACAUGUUAAGAGGGGUUGACCCAUUGAUUUUAGCCAUAUUGUGAUACUGUUUAUAAUUUUUCUUCUGCCCCAGGCCACGGGAACUUUUAACAAAGGGGUAAAAGUUGAAUUUUUGUGUCAGAAGAUAGUAAAAAAAUCACAUGAACAUAUGUGAGAUUUCUCGCUAUCCUUUCUGUUACAGAGAAGAAAGAAAUUCCUAAUAUAGAGUUUUAAGAUGAAAAGACUUACAAACUCAGGAUUCACCUGAGUGUUGCCAGCAUGCAUGUUUAAAGUUUUGGGUUGUGUUUAAUUUUAAAUUCUCUAAAUAAAUAUUUGCCCUUUUAGCCUGUUCUUAUUUCCCCCUCUCUCAUUCUUUUCAUCCCCUAGUUUUCACCACUUCUGGUUCCACCCCACCAAAUUUCCUCUCUGCGCUUCUUCACGUUCCCUUUUGCAUUAGUGCAGGUUCUUGAGUUCUUUAGAGAGACUGUAUUUCUUUUUAGAAAAGUUUAAUAAAAUGUCAUCCCUUUUCAAGUGAGUUUGAUGAACUGAACUGCAGAAUUAGCAUCUUCAUACAACUGAGGAACCUGUAAUUUGUGACUCAUACCUGGGAAUGUUUUCCAUUAUUGUUUUUAGAAAAGGACAAAAAAUUAUUUUUAAUAAUUUGUCUCCUCUGUAGGGAGAUUGGCACUUUAGAUAUGAAUAUAAACAUGUUAAUUGAAAAGAUAUAAUGUAUAUACAGAGUACAUCUAUAUGCCUGCACACACAGAGGUACAUGCCUGUCGUACGUGUAUGUCUUUUAAAUACCACUGGAUGAAAUUCUGCCAGGAAACUUUACAUGGUUUCUGCCAGGAAACUUUACAUGGUUUCUGCACUUCUAGAUAAGGCUCAAAGUCACCGGUGGUAUUGGCUGUGCCUGAAUUUAAAGAUUAUGGGAAAUGGCUAUAGCAAGCUGCCACAUAAAUAACUGGUGGAAAGUGAAAGGAGGAAGGUAGCUUGUGAGAAAGUAUUCAUCUCCAAAAUGCAGCACAGAGAGGUGGAAACAAAGGGAAGACAGAAUCUUAGAUGUUCACUCUGUACAUUAAGUCUAAUGGUGCUAUCAACAGCUUCAUAUGACAGGAAAUGAUCUGGGCGUUUUGUUCACUUAUUCUGGAUGCCCUUAGUUUCAGAGAGCAACUGGUAACAUGGAUUGCACCUCGGAAGGGGACAGCUGAACUCUCCCUCUGGCUUUAGUAAGGAAAGAGCAGCGAUGAAAUCCGUGGACUGUGUGCACGUCAUCCAACAGAAGGAUACCGCCUCCUCUCCCUCUGCCCCUCCUGGUGCUGUUUCAGGCGCCACGGGACUUUUUCCUGUCACAUUCCUGUGGCUUGCAAUGCUCCUGUCCUCUUGUCUUGCAGCAGUGUCUCUUUACCAUGUUAUCAUCCUGAAAACAGAGCUAGAAGCUCUGCGCAGCGAGCUGAUCUACAGCAUCCAGGCAAGGUCUCCGCUAGACCAACCCCUCGUGUCCCCUGAUGAAAACAAAGCAGGUAGCCCUGUUUCUUCCUUCCUGCAAGUGUCUGCAGCUGCCUCCAGGCAGGAGAGCAGGCUUGCUGGUACUGGCACAGCUGAGAGCUUCCAAAAGGAAAUCUGGAAUGGGAGUAGAAACAGGGGCAGGCGGUCUGUUGACAACACAGAAGAAAAAGUGCUGCAGGCCUGCUUGCAACUGAUUGCUGACAGCAAAAGUGAUAUCCAACAGAAAGAUGACUCAAGCAUUGUCCCUUGGCUCCUGAGCUUCAAACGUGGAACAGCUCUGGAAGAACAAGGAAAUAAAAUAGUGAUCAAAGAAACAGGUUAUUUUUUCAUAUAUGGCCAGGUUUUAUAUACAGAUACAACAUUUGCUAUGGGACACCUAAUACAGAGGAAGAAGGCUCAUGUGUUUGGUGAUGAUCUCAGCUUGGUGACAUUGUUUCGCUGCAUCCAAAAUAUGCCACAGUCUUAUCCAAAUAAUUCUUGCUAUACUGCUGGCAUUGCAAAAUUAGAAGAAGGGGAUGAGCUUCAACUUACAAUACCACGAAGAAGGGCUAAAAUAUCCUUGGAUGGAGAUGGUACUUUUUUUGGUGCAGUGAGACUCCUCUGAAGCCCUUCAUUUCUGUUUUUAUGCUUAAUGCCAAUUUCUUCUCUACCUAUGCCUUUGUCAGAAAAAAUAUUGAAUUGUAAUAAAGCUUCCAAUUCAGCCUCUCCCAAUUCACCACAGGCUUCUAAGAAUUUUUUUCACUUUAAUAUGCAAACCCAAAACAGGAAACAUACCAGACAUACUUGUGAUAUAACCACCAUGUGAUUACCAGAAAGCCAAUUUGUUUUAGACAAUGGGACACUCUAGAUAGCAACUAAAAAACAAUGAGGUUUUGGCUUUGAAACAAUUUGUUAUCCAUAUGGUAAACCAAAGGAGGAGUUGACCAAAAAUAACAGCAUGACCAGGACCACAGACUAUCAAAUUGUUAUCAAUUGAAAAGGAAAUCUAAAAUAAAAUUGUAUCCUAGAUUUGCAUUAUUUCAUCAGUAAAGUAUUUAAUACAUAAAGUGUGGAGAAAAAACACUGAACAGUAGAUUCCUCACCCCAAAAUGAAAUUGCCAGUUGUCGUGUUCUGAGUUUUGGAGUUUUUUCUUUCCCCAGAAAUACUGGGGGAGGAAAAAUUCUGAGUGUCUGGGAUAAUUAAAACAAGUAUACAGAAUUGUAGCCACCGUCUUGCUUCUUCCCUGUGAACAAAAAGUGAAUACAUUACUACAAUCUAUUAGCAUUCACUAAUUAGAAUUAAUUUGACUGGAAAAAGGACAUGUAAAACACUUCAACAGCUCAAUCUUCAAAGCAUUGCUACUUGUCAAGGAAUACAUGUACACUUCUAUGUAAACGAGGCUGGCACAGGAAGAAGCACAGUGAGAUUAGACACAAUGCCAUGGUUGGAAUUGGAUUUCUGGCUCCAUAAUUUCUGCAGUCAAACAUAGAUGUGUGUACAUAUACACAGAAUGUAGACAUAUCUGUAUAUAUUUGAGAGUAUGUAUACACACAUUGUCUUGGGCAUUUAGGAUAUAGGCAAUAAGAAUUUUAUCUUCUUUUGAGUAGUUUAUCUGAUGGAAAUACCACUUCAUACAUAUUUUUUAUAUUUCCCUCACUUCUUGCCAUGAUCCAUUCUAUGGAAUAUAGUAAGAAAUAAAAUCCAAUAGAUCUGGAACCAGCCAUUAAACUAAGAAAAUCCACUUGUAUCUCAGAGGCUUAUUCUGUGGUUUUGAAUAUAAUGCUUAACUCUGUUUUACAAAAAUAUUCAGAUCUGUAGAAAGAAUAAACAGAUGUCCUUUUUC